ACUCUUCAGCUUCCAUCGUAUAAACCCUAAUUCCCUCAUUUCACUUCCUUCAUCACCAAAUUUUCGAACCCUAAAACACACGAUUUCCCUCCAAAUUCAUUUCCAAAGCUUUUGCGCAGCGUGAAGGUGGAGCGAUCUUGGUUCGUUGCGAGGGGAGAAGAUGUUGGAAUUGAGGAUGGUGCAGGGGAGUCUGUUGAAGAAGGUCCUGGAAGCCGUCAAGGAUCUGAUUAACGAUGCGAAUUUUGAUUGCUCAGCCACGGGAUUCUCCCUGCAGGCCAUGGAUUCAAGCCAUGUGGCGUUGGUGGCUUUGCUGCUCAGAGCGGAGGGAUUUGAGCACUAUCGAUGCGACCGCAACAUUUCCAUGGGGAUGAACCUGAACAAUGUGGCAAAAAUGCUCAAGUGCGCUGGAAACGAUGAUAUCGUCACUCUCAAGGCUGACGACGGCAGUGAUACCAUAACCUUCAUGUUCGAGAGCCCCACUCAGGACAAGAUUGCAGAUUUUGAGAUGAAGCUCAUGGAUAUCGACAGCGAGCAUCUCGGGAUUCCCGAAGCUGAGUACCAUGCCAUAGUCAGGAUGCCAUCUGCAGAGUUUGCAAGGAUUUGCAAAGAUCUCAGCAGCAUUGGCGACACAGUCGUGAUCUCUGUUACUAAGGAAGGCGUAAAAUUCUCAACAAGCGGAGAUAUUGGGACAGCAAACAUCGUUUGCCGCCAAAACACCACAGUCGACAAGCCAGAGGACGAAACGUCUAUAGAAAUGCACGAGCCGGUGUCACUGACAUUUGCUCUACGGUAUCUGAACUCGUUCACGAAGGCGACUCCUUUGUGUAACACGGUGACCAUAAGCCUCUCGUCGGAGCUUCCGGUGGUGGUUGAGUACAAGAUUGCGGAAAUGGGAUACGUGAGGUUCUACUUGGCACCCAAGAUUGAGGAUGACGAAGAAGAGACUAAAGCCUGAUCCAUCGUCUUCAUCAAUCAUGAUCGAGGUUAGCUUUGUACAAUUGUUUUGCUGUUCUGUUCCAUUAAUGUUUUCAAUUUUCUGUUACAGUGUAUGUUUUUAGGGACUUGAUAUCUCGUGUUUGCUAUUGGAUUGUGAUGGAUUUUCGAUUGUUUUUUUUGAAAUGAGAUUUAGGAGAUGGCAUUUUGAUGGAAUCUGAAAUAUAAUAUACUAGUAAUGUUUUGAUUAAAAGUUUUUAAAUUAUGCAUUUGAGUAUUUUCAAUAUUUUUUUUAAUAAAAUAUACUCUCC